AUGCCGUCCUUCUGGCUCAGCGACACGCAAAAAAUUGGCGUCGCCUUCUGCUCUGGGGGCGGCUUCUUCCUCCUCGCAGGCGUGAUGAUGUUCUUUGACCGCGCGCUCCUAGCCAUGGGCAACAUCCUCUUCCUCCUCGGCCUGACCCUGCUGAUCGGCCUCCAAAAAACCGCGCUCUUCUUCGCGCGGCGGCAGAAGCUGGCGGGCACGGCCAGCUUCGCCGCCGGCAUCGCGCUGAUACUGCUGCGCUGGGCGUUUGUGGGCUUCUGCUUCGAGCUGUACGGCAUCUUUGUGCUGUUCGGCGACUUCUUCGCCACGAUUGCCGGGUUCGUGCGGCCGGUGCCCGUCGUUGGGCCGUAUGUGGCUGGGUUUUUGGAGCGGGUUAGUGGCGGGCGGAGGAAUGCUGAACUGCCGGUUUGA